GUACUUUUAGCAUCCCAGGUGACGCCUACGGAGACCGCGAGAGGAUGGAGAAGGGCUGCACCGUUGACAGACAGGCGAAGUGAACGAGAGGUGAUAAAUAAAGAGCUGGGAUUGCUCGUUAAACGGCCUGUCACUGUCUGGCUGAUUCUGACGGACAGCUAGCAUCAGACAGCGGCUACAUGAGCUAGCCGCUGGCCAUGUCAGCUAAUCAGCUUCUGUGUCGGUAACAGGACAGCGGAAUGCCAUUUGGGAACUACCUUAUUUUAACCCCAUUAUUUAUUGGUGCAUGAGUCCUUUGGGUCCUGCAAGGAGAACCCAUGGAACCCGACAUCAUACCCUUGCACUCCUCCUCCCUGCCUCUGAUGGAUGAUGAUGGUGAUGGGGAGGUGGCAUCAGAGGAGGAUGAGUUUAAGGACUUUUCUGUCGGGAUGCCCUGCUCCUCUCUUAAUUUUGCUGAUGCAACUGAGUCACCUUCUAGUUUCAGACCUCCUUCUCCAACCUCAGAACCAGCCACUCAUCAACCCAGUUGCAGCUCUAAGUGCGCAGGUGAACAAUCCCAGCCUACAUCCAAAGUGAAGCUGGAGUCUGGUAAGGCUCAGACGGAUGUAGGACAGCAGGAUUCUAAUGCUGAACCUUAUUUGCACCUCACAAAUGGAUUUGCUGAAAGUGAACAUAACUCUGGGGCCCAUACUUCUUCUGUAGCGGGUGGUCGGUCUCCUGUGGAGGAAAUGGGGUUUGCUGAUUUCACUGUGUUUACAAAGCAGAUGGGACACCCCUGGUGUUGUGGCUUCUCUCCAAUGGCUAACGCAGAGCAGAAGGAUGCGAGAGUAAGAGGGACAAACAGCAGCUUUAGUGAACAAAUGCAUGAAUCAGGAGAGGAUUGUAUUAUGGAAUCUGAGCCCAGAUCUCACUGUGCACACAAGGAAAAACAAAACAUCUGCACUGAGAUCAGGGACAGUGAGAAAAGAGAUAAAGCACUUGUGCAACCAUCUCAGGUCCAUCAUCAGCCUCAGGAAGCUGCAGGAAAUUUGAAUUUUCCAUCGGAAGAGAAGGAGCUAGAUAAGCCUUGGGAUAGUCAGAGGGAAAGGAGGAAUAGCUUUAAUUCUCCUCAAACCUCUGAGGUACAGGAUGAUGGAGAUGCAGAAGAAAUCUUUCAAACAUGUAGUAUGUAUGAGCCUAUGUCAGAGGACUUGGCAUCCUUCAGUGAUGAUUUGUCGUUUGAGGUUGCUUCUGCAGAUUUGGAACCAAAUGUUUCAUCCCUUGCUUCUCAAGAUGAUCAAACAGAUUGGGACCAGUUUGAUGAAGAGGAUGAAGACCUGGGAAACUGCAGACGUUCUGACUCUUUUGGAAACAGCAAUGUGACGAACCUCAACCAAAUUGAGUCAGAGAGGGGCGUUCAUCACUGCGAAUAUCCGACUCAGGAAAAUUCUGCUACCUCCAAACAGUCACAAUCUGGAACAAAUUUGCAAGACAGAUUUGCUGACUUUACUGACAGCAGUUUUGAGCAUCACAGACCUCAAGAAGAUCUUCAAAAAGCUGAUGCAGGGGUGCAGAUCCUGGGAAAUCUCCCACUGAGUGACAGCUUUGCAGAUUUCUGCUCAGCGCCCACGCAGGAGGAUGAAGAGGUGUCGUGGGCAGAAUUCAGUGACCAGAGUGCAGAGGAUGGAAAAAGUUGGAGACAGUUCAGAGUGCCAGUCAGCAGCCAGCAGACUGAUGUAGAUGAUGAGGAAAAGAAUAAGCAGGACAGAGUGGAAGGAACAAGAAGGAACAGCUCUCAGGAUUCACUGCCCUGUCGUGUCCAGGAAAUCCUUCAGGCCAGUUUCCCGAAGGUAGUGGUUCCAGCUGUGGAAGAUGAGAAGGAGCUGAUUGGCCUCAGUGCUUUGCUUCAAGCUGAGCAUCUCUCUGAGGGUGGGGAGGAGGUACCAGUCACCAGCAGUGCUCAGUGGAUUCAGCAGGAGAUGUUGAGGCCACAUCAGGAUGUCCACAGUGCAGUUGGGCUCCAGUUUCAGUGGGGUGGCUCCCAUACUAACAGGACUCUGCUCAGUUGCCUUGGCGUGGACACAAGGAACGUUGUGUUCACUGGGAGGAAUAAGCAGUUUGUGACUGUGCCUGCUUUUGCAUCCAGUCUGGGAAUGCUUGAGCCCACCAAAGAUGCUGUGCCAGCUGCCUGCUCUUCAGAACGCACAGCUGUUACAGCACAAGCACCUCCAGGGCCCCGGGAUAUACCGGGCCCCUCAACACAUUCAGCGCAGGAGGAGCUCCCUUCCAGCCAGCUGGACUGGAGCGGUCGUGGCCUUAGCAGCUCUCAGGACGUGUAAUCUCGCCUGUGUACAUCUGGAUCACUUCAAGCAUAACUGCCUAAUUUCAUGAUGAACAUCAAACUUUUGGAAAGCAAAGGUCAAGGAGAUGAUCUUGAAGGGGACUUCAGCCAAGUGUUGGUGGGGUACAGUUGUUUUUUUGUUUUUUUUUGUUUGUUUGUUUUUGUUUGGUUUUUUUGUUGGGUUUUUUUUGGGGGGGGGUGUUGUUUUUUGUUAAUUUGCCUUUUGUCAAUUGAAUUGCAGAACUUUUUGAUGACACCGCAAACAAAAAAAGGGCAGGUAGGAAAAUCCCAUCUGGUUCUUUCAUAACUUAAUGCGACAGGGAUUCAAACCAACACACUAAAAAAGAUAUAGCUGUGUCAGUGCUGGAAAACAGCUGUGAACAGUCAUACCGAAACUCAUUUUGCUGCUGCAUAUGUUUAAGAGGGUGAAGCUAAAAUAAAGUGUACUAAAUAAUUAUAACUAACAAAGAGUUUGUUUUCCAUGUCUGACAUGCAGCGUGGCUGAAAGCAUAGCUUACUAACUUAAAAAUCUGAAUUGUGACUACUAAAAUAUAAAAUCCAUUUUUAAUUUGUAGCAUGAAACGUAGCAUCUUUUUUGAUGGUGUUUAUUGAUAUACACGUAUAUAACGAAGGAUGGUUUUUAUUUAUUUGUAAUUUUUUAUUUUAUUUUUAGAUCAGCAACACAUAGAAGACAAAACUUAGGGCAGAACAAAGAAUAAAGUUGUAAUAAUGAAGCUUGCACAGCAGAGGGCAGUGUGCAGGGUGUAAGUGGUGCUGAUUGCAGAAAGAAAGUCAAAACACAUUACUAGUUUACAGGAACAAAUCUAAGAGGAUGCAGGAUGCAAUCUUAUUAUUGUACAUCAUUUUAUGUAACUGUGUUCUGUAAUUUAUUAUUUAUUUAUUUCUGUUAGAUAUGAAGCCAAUUUGGGGGUUAAUUUAAUUUGUGGGAUUACUGUCCUAAUAGAAGGCAAGCUUUCAUAAUUACAACUGCAAAGGAGGAGUCACAGUUAAAGCUUGCAGGUGUGAUUUUUAUGUUGUCAGUUAAUACUUAAUCCUUUGUUUUUCUUUUAGUUUUUUUUGCACUUGAUUCUAGAUAUGAUCGUGCUGAGUGUGGCAGUGUUUGAUUCCAAUUCGCUUUAUUUUGAGAAAACAGGUUUUGAGUGCUUUUCAGUGUUUCAUUAUCAAUCAGACAUGUUUCUGCACUAUUUCUGUAAAACCCCACACUUUUCUUUCUUUUUUUUUUUCUUUUUUUUAAAAUAAUGAGUUGUGCCUUUUUUGCUAAGCAUUUUCUAAUGAGUGCUUUUUUUUUCUCUCCCAAAUGGUGAAAUAAUGUUUGGACCUACAGUGACAAAAACCAUUUUUUCCUCUUAAUUUAUUCAGAUUUACUGCUCAAAUUGAGAAUUAAUGCACUGCUAUCAGAGUAGAGGGAAAUAGUUGUAAAUACUGAAAUAAAUCGGUUGAUCCUUUC